CUGCAUGAUGGAAGUACUUGACGAUAUGGAAUUGCUUGACCUAGAUUUCUUUCCCGUCCUCCUCUCUGACGAAGACAUGCCUCAUGAUGAAGCAGAACUAGCAGCGGGUGGUGACUGCAGCGAUGAAGACAUUGAAAUAGACGAGCUUCGGAGGAGGAUGUGGAAGGAUAGGAUGAAACUGAAGCGGCUCAAGGAGCGUAAGAAAGACAAUGAAGUUGUUGAUGGUGCCAAGCAACAACUGGCCGAGGAACAAGCAAGAAAGAAGAAGAUGUCGAGGGCCCAAGGUCAAAUCCUGAAGUACAUGCUGAAGUUGAUGGAAGUUUGUAAAGCGCAAGGGUUCAUUUACGGGAUUGUUCCGGAGAGCGGGAAGCCAGUGAGUGGAGCUUCUGACAAUCUUCGGGAGUGGUGGAAGGAAAAAGUGAGGUUUCAUCGCAAUGGCCCUGCUGCAAUAUCAAAAUUCCAAGCAGAGAAUGGAAUCAUCGGGAAGAACGAGGGCUUGAAAUUUGGUAGUCCUGCCUCUCACAGUUUGAUGGAGCUUCAAGACACAACUCUUGGUUCUCUGCUCUCGGCUCUGAUGCAGAAUUGUAACCCCCCGCAGAGGCGUUUCCCGUUGGAGAGAGGUGUUCCGCCGCCUUGGUGGCCCACUGGGAAGGAGGAGUGGUGGUUGGAACUGGAAUUGCCGGCAGAGCAUAAAGGCCCCCCGCCUUAUAAGAAGCCACAUGAUUUGAAGAAGGCGUGGAAGGUGGGUGUUCUGACCGCGGUCAUCAGGCAUAUUUCCCCUGACAUUGCUAAGAUCCGAAGGCUUGUGAGGCAAUCUAAGUGCUUGCAAGAGAAGAUGACGGCCAAAGAGAGUAUCACCUGGCUUGCCAUUAUCAAUCAAGAGGAAGCUUUGGCCCGAGAGGCAUACCCUGGCUUGUACCCCCCUUUGUCAUUCGGCGAUGUUGGCGGGUCUUUGGUUUUUAGCGAUUGUAGUGAGUUUGACGUCGAUGAUGAUGAUGAUGAUGAUGGGUCUGAUGAAGAAUCAACCUUUGAUGUCCAGCAGCUGAAGCCCAGCGGCAUUGGAUUGCUGGAGUACUUAAACAAAGGUAAAGAGAAAAAGAAAAGGAGAGGUGUGUUGCCGGUUCAGAAGCGAUUCCAUCCAAUCAAGAAUGGGAUCACCACCAACUCAGAUUCUGCCAGGAAGAGGAAGCCAAGCGGUGAUCUGAAUCCUCAUGUGGAUCCGAAACAGGUCUACACAUGUGAGUUCCCUCAAUGUCCUCGCAGUCAACUUUGCAGUAGCUUCCAUAACCAGACCUUGAGAGACGUUCAUCAGUUGACUUGCCCGUAUGGACGCAAGCCUUCAAACUUUGUGCCGCCAAACCAACCAAUUUCCUACUCCCCGCCUCUUGUCCGGCCCCAGCCAGCUCCUCCUCUGCCAGUUCACUCCGUGCAGCAGCCUGCCUUUGAUCUAUCAGGACUUGGUCUUACAAAAAAUGCCCAGAAACUGAUCAAUGACCUUUUAGGCUCCUAUGAUGAAAAUUAUGCAGGAAACAACUCAGUUAUCAAGGAUCAGCAGGUUGUUCUUCCCCUGCCCAACAUCACAUUUAACAACUACUUCCAUGGCCAGGGGGCUGUGAUGGGCAGCAACAGUGUGUUCGAACAAGCUAAUACUGGGCAUGGGCUUCCUACUCAGGUGCUUCCCCAGCAGCAAGGUGGCUUCGAGGCGCAGUACAAUGUUCUGAAUCCCCCAUUUGAGGCCGACACCUAUGACAACUUAAGCAUUAUGCUGGGAUCUCCAUUCAAUCUUGCACCAGUUGACUUCUCUGUGGACUUGCCAGGAGCAGGAACGGCAAGCGAUGAACUCUCCAAGCCAGAUGGCUCAUUUUGGUACUAG